CUACUGCGCAUGUGCAGAUCCGUUUCCUUAAUGUCCUAGCCUUUAUCAUGUAGCGCUCCAUGUUAUUUUAGCCUAUCUUUCUUCAGUUUAGGUUUAUUUCCAGAUUUAAAACAAUGUCCGAGCUUGAAGCUAGUUUAUCUUGUUCUCCGCAGUGUGCGGAAACACAACGUAACAAAAAUACAGGUGAUAUCAAUCCAGAAACAGUACAAAUCACUAACACCAAUAAUUCUCAGGUUGAUCAAGAGUCUCAGAGAGACAGCGAUCUCAAAAACUUGCUGACUGAAAGCUAUUGUCAUGUUUGUGAGGCAACCCUACUUUAUGAGUCCCAGAGAGUUUCUCAUUAUGAGGGGAAAAAGCAUGCCCAAAAGGUCAGGCUGUACCUGCAGAACAAGAAAGCUGAAAGGAACAAGCAGACCCAGGAAUGCAGAGGCUUUAUGAGAGGUCUCUCUGCAGACCCAGACAAGUUCUGUGAGCUGUGUAACAUGGUUUUCAGCUCCCAUACUGUUGCCAAGUCACACUAUGAAGGCAAAGUUCAUGCCAAAAACUUGAGAAGAACUAACCCUCCACAAAUUAUAGUUUCUACGUCGACCUUAGAAUCUGCAUCUCCUGUAGCCCAACCAGCAGAGGUUGCUGUGUCGAAUCGGAUAGAUCAGGAGCAGGACAGCUCUGGUGUGGGCGAUCAGGAGGUUGAUCUCAGUGACCCCAACAAGUACUGUGCACUGUGCAAUGCUUCUUUCAACAACCCUGUAGUCGCUCAGCAGCACUACAGCGGCCGGAAGCAUCAGCGAAACGAGACACGACAACAAAUGCUGGACCAGAUCGGAGAUCAGUCAGAGCAUUUUAGCUCCCUGACUUGCCCGAUUUGCUGUCUGACCCUCAGCUCAAUAGAGAUGUACCAGGCACACAUGCAGGGAAACAAGCACCAAUUGAAAGAGAAAAAGGUUAUGGAGUUGUGCAAAUCUCAGAAGAAAGUGUACGACUCCUACCAGGACGAGCUGGCUGACUAUAUCCAGGUGCAGAAGGCCCGAGGCCUGGAGCCAAAAGCAGGGCUGGGCACUGGGGGACAAGCAAGCAAGGACCUGGAUGAAACUAUAAAUGAAAGUCCACAGACAGGAGAAACAAAUCCUCAUCCUGCCCCUCUGCUGCCUCCACCUCGUGGUUUCCAUCAGCCUCACUGGCCUCCACAAUUACAAUCUCAGGUCAAUCAUUUUGGCUUCGGAAUGAGAGAGCCUGUCCCACACUAUCAACCUGGAUAUAUGCCUCAACCACUGCCUCAUUUCAUACCUGGUCAAUUAUAUAAAAGAGGGCGGAGCCCUGACUCACAUAGCUCCUCUUCUUACUCAGACUCCUCCUCCUAUGACAGCAGCAGUAGUGAUAGCAGCAGCAGCAGCAGAGAGAGGAGGAGAAGAAAGAGGAAAUUGAGAAAGCAAGGGAUCAAAAGAAGAGACCAGGUGGAUGAGUCUGAUACAGACAGGAGAGGAAGAGAUAGAGAGGAAAAGAAAAAGACGUUGAAAGGAGACAGAAGCGGAAGUGUAGAGGGAGAAGAGGAUAAAGAGACCAGGAGAUGGAAGGAGAAAAGAAAAAAGGAGAGAAGCCAGAGUGAAGACGAGGAGAGCCGAAGUAAAAGACGACAGAGCAAGAGAAGUAGGAGACAUGGAGAUGGACAGCAUGCAAAGAGACGAAAAGAGGCAGAGCUUAUGGAAAAAGAAGGGGUGGAAGUGCAAGGAAAGAGUGAGGAACCUGCUGAGGAAAAGGCAGAAGCAAAAGAUGUCAAACAAAAGCACAAAAAAGACAAAAAGAAAGGAAAAGAGAAGGUGAACCAAGAGGACAACAGGACAGAGGAGGAAAGACUCUGGGAUGAGACUAUUCUUGGUAUUUUUUAAAGACGGAUGGCUGAUGUUUUGACAGUAUUGUACAAAUAAAACUGCACAGGACCUCAGAAGAGAGGUUUGCUAGAAUCUAUUGGACUCAUCUCACUAUAUAUGCUACUUCUUCAUUCAGUAACUCGCGUCUGCUACUGCAGACUUUAAGAUGUCUUUAGAGCUGCACUUCUCUUCUGGAGAAUUCAGUGGGUGAACCUCACGAAACUUAAGGACCAUUAAGACAUUAUUUUCAUGACAAUUAAUCACAUUUUCUGCUCUAUUCUCAUUACCGUAAUGGAAAAAAAUAGAGAAAAAUGUCAUUUACAUUUCUGUAAUGCAGAUUAUAUAUGAAUUCUAAAUUAUUGUGGUAGUAUGUUUCAAAUAAACUAAUUGUCAAACUAAAUAGUCAUCAAAAUCUAUUUGGUCCUCAAAAAGGCUUAAUUGUCUUUUAAUUUCUUAUUUUUUUGUCUUGAUUUUUGGGUACAGUAUGGCCUGAGAAUGUUUUCGUGAGAUUCACCUGAAUGUGGUGCAGCAGCUUGUCACUGGGGCAGGGUACACCCACUGUAUCCUUUGUGUCAAUUGGAAUUUAUUUGUACCUUAUCUGUCCCUUAAGGGUAUACAUUUGUAUCUCAAGGUAUAAAGAAGGUAUAGUGAAUGUAACUUUGAGGGUAUUGCCCCAGUGAUAAGCUGGUAUACCCAUAAAGAUACAAUUUUAGCAAAUUUUUCUGAUUGUUGUUGUGAAGCAAAUAUGUGAUACAAAACACACUACAUACUAUGAAUCCAUUUGACUACAUGCUUAAUGCUUAGAUUAAAUAAACCCCUCCCACUAUUCGGUUGUUUUCAUGAUUUUGUGGAGCAUUUCCACUUUUUGUCGUAAGGGGGCGUAUUAGCUGCACAUCAUCCGUCUCUACUGGCUGGAUGCAUCUUUUGUUUACAGAUCUUCUCUGUUCAGGUCUCAAGACGGGGUUCCCACGCGUCCUGGAAAACCUGGAAUUUUCCAUGCAGUUUUCCAGUCAUGGAAAAUUAGAAAAAUACCUAAAUGGCCUGGAAAAUAAUUAUUUGUCCUGGAAAAUAGCUUAGUAUAAUUUAUAACUGUUUGACUGUGCUGCUAACAAGUUUUGUACAUGUACAAAAUGGGGACUCGAAACAGGAGUCACACAAAUUGCGAAUUGUGUAACAAUCGUCAAAGGUUCACUGUCAUGAACGAUUCCCUUUCACAUAAUUUCUCUGCUCAUCUGCUGUGAUUUCUGCUUUGCUCCGACAAAAUAGUAUUAAGUAUCGAUCUAGUUCAAAAUAAGAUUUUUAACCACUAAAAAAAUUAAGGUAUAAACUUUAGACAGCAAUGGCACUGAUUUAAAAAAAUAAAAAUCACACCCUCAGUUGGUUUUGCGGCCUUCACACCUGGGGAUGAGAAUUCAUUUUCAAGAAUUCAAUGAUAAGAGUCUGUGUUAACAUAUAUCGUGUUUACCACAUAUGGGAUCUAGUCAAAAAUGGCAUUGGCUAUAAAAUGCAGAAUGUCAUGAAAUAUUACAUAUUUUGAUGUUUCAUUGCACAGUUAAUUGAAUUAAAAUUGUUAUAUGUCCUAGUGUGAUAAUUAAACUGCAAAAGUCUGUGAAUAAUUGAAUACAUAUAUUUAACUUCAAGUGAUGCAUGCUUCAAAAUGGAUGUAUGAAGUGCUCAUACUCUUGUGUAUGUGCAUCAUGAUCAUCAUGCGUGUGUGAGAUGAUAGAGAGCAAAACACUUUGAAGUGUUCAGCACAUACAGACUAUGUAUUUAUUUAAUUUAAUCACAGCUUUAUGGGGAUUAAUAAUCACACUGGGCCAGUGAGAAUCUACCAUAAAAAAACACACCGAAACGUCAAAAUAAGCUUGGUUUAAAUGGACAAAUAUUUGCUUAUAUAUUACACUUGUUGGGCAUAUUACAUGUCCUGGAAAAGAGUGGGAACCCUGCAAGAGAGUUAGUUAUCAAUGCAAUUCUUUCAACCAAGAAUGAAAUUAAUAAACUUUAACUUUCCCAAUGGAAAUCAGUUUUCCAUCAGAAAACUCAGACUGCAAUAUUUUGUUAUAGGUGUGUGUGUGUGUGUGUGUGAGAGAGAGAGAGAGAGUAAUCAGAUAUCAGUCUCAUUUUAUGCUGUUUACUGAGUGUGGGAAUGGUUUUGUUUACUGGUCUAACUGCUGCUUCAGUUAAAUGAGGACACUGCCGUGACUGUUGUUCUGUUUAAUUCCUUUUUGCUCAGAUAUGUACUUACAGUUAUCCCAAUCAUGAAAUCACAUGUAUUUUGUAUCAAGCCUGAUUUCUAAUGUAUAGAUUAAACAAUCUUCACUUGUA